AAAAUUGGCAAAGCUUUGACUGCAUCUCAAACAGGUGUCGAACCAAUGAGGCCAAAAAUAAAGAUUCCUGCUGCUGUUAUGAUGCCAAUUGGACAUAUGGUGGAGUUAAUUUAUAAGCUUUUAGCUCCUUAUGGGAUGAAGGUUCCGCAGUUGACACCUUCAAGAACUAGACUUCUGUCUUGCAGCCGGACGUUUGAUUGUUCUAAAGCAAAUGAUCGUCUUGGCUACACACCAAUUGUACCACUCAAGGAGGGCCUUAGGAGGACUAUUGAAUCAUACCCACACUUGAGGGCUGAUGUUCCAACCACAAAUGAUGGGCCAUCAAUUUAUUCUCAAUGAAGCUCUUAUUUUUUCUUCCCUGGAUGCAAAAUGUUCCGCAUAUUUUAGUAUUCAGUUGGUAUGGUGUCAUUAUUUCACUCCAGUAUUGUCAUUAGUCAACCGCUAAGUUUGUUACCACUGAUAUGCAUUUAUAUGCCAGAAUCUAACAGUGACUUAGACUUCUGAAAACCAUAUGAUUCAAUUUCAGUUCCAAAAUACAUCAUGGAAAAUGAAGCUAAUAGUCGAUCAUGUACAAUGGUUUUUGACCUCAACUGCACCUGGGAAUUCUUACCCUUGUGAUCCAAAAAUUCCAAUGUUAAUAUGUUGUAUGGAAUUUAUU